AGCCGCAAAUGAAAAAUGUCUGUGAAACAACGAUACCGCGGUGAAACAUUAAAUCUUCUGCGAAAUGGUUUUGGUGUUUAUCAAUAUGAAAAUGAAUUUUAUAGAUAUGAAGGAGAAUGGAAAGACGGUAUGAAACAUGGCCAUGGAAAAUUAAUUAUGAAGGAUGGCAGCUUCUACGAAGGAGAAUUUUCGAAAGGAGAAAUAGAGGGUCACGGAUGCCGGUUUUCGGCUUUGACUGGUAACAAAUAUAGUGGACAAUUUCAUCAGGGUGAAUUUCACGGUCACGGUACCAUGUACUACGGUGAUGGUAGUGUCUACGAAGGAGAAUGGUCGUCAAAUAAACGUCAAGGAUAUGGAAUUUUUAAAUGUAAAAACAAUGAAGUUUACGAAGGUUAUUUGUAUGAUAAUAAAAGACACGGAGAGGGUACGAUGAUUUAUGAAAACGGUGAUCGAUACGAUGGAGAUUGGGUUGUUAAUAUGCGGCAGGGUCAUGGGGAAUUUCGCAUGGCUGAUGGGAGUAGUUAUGAUGGACAAUUUAUGAACGACGUGUUUAAUGGUCACGGCUCUUUCAACCACAGCUCGGGCAUGAUUUACGAAGGUUUGUGGAUAAAUGGCCUUCCGGCCGAAAUGCCAACCAAACUUCGCUUUACCGAGGAAUUAAUUGAGGUUCAACAAGGUCGACUAUUUAGCGCAUCAGUUGAAUGCAUAAAUGACAAGGGUAACGUCAUUGAAGAUCAAAAUAGAGAAAUUCACAUAACAGCAGGAUUUAGAUUAGUUGAAGUUGAAGUUAAAAAAGGCAAAGGAAAAAAAUCAUCCACGCAGGAGAAGCCCUUAUUCGAUAUGAUUGAAGAUUUUGAAGAAAAACCGAUUGAUACUCCAUUUGGAUUUCGAAUGAUAAGUUAUCCUCUUACAGAUCAACUGCAAGAAGAAGAUCCUGAAUAUUCUCGUCAAGGAACCGAACUAUCAGAAGUUCGAGAAACAGAAGCAGUUGACGAGCAGACAACCGAACAGGAACAACCUGUAGAACCUCAGCCUCUUCCAGCUGACGAACAGAAACAGUCUGAUAAUUGCGAUCAUGAGGGUUUUGUUGUACCUCAGGGUGUAAAUAAUAAGAGGACAGUAGAAGGAAAAGUAUUUUUUUCGGAUUUAAGCCUAGUCGCCGCCCCCCCAAUGUAUAGACCUUUCACAUACCUCGAAGAGGCCGAUAAACAGAGAAAUCGUUCAAGAGAUCGAACUCCAGAUAGUCUUAAAAAAGAGAAGAAAAAAGAGGAUGAAACGGAAAGUAUAACCAGUAGUAGGCCAAGUACGCGUAAAAUAUCUCGAGCAUCUUUAAAUCCAUUGGAUGAUAAAUUCGCAAAACCUGAAGAGUAUAUAUUAAUGGCGGCUGAUGUAACAUCUCCAUCGUUUUUCGGUACAAGAUUAGAGCCCGCCUUUUGUAGAGUACGAGUCACUCCUGCGCCUAAGUUAAAAGCUAAGAGGAAACCGAAAGAAAGAGGUCCAAGGUAAUUAAUUUUAAUUUGCUAAUUUUACUUAUUUCAAUACUGAUACUAGUUGUCUAGAAUACUAACAGAAAUAAUUAACACCAGAAAGUUUUUUUAGCACAAUUGUUUAAUCUUAUCACGUGAUCAGUUUGCUUUUUCCUCUUACACCAAAAAAAUAACAGCGCCAACUCGGAUCGAGAUGAUUUGGAUUCAUAAAAAAAUAUUAAUAAUAGUAUAGCUUUAAAAAUAACGUGUGAUUUGAUAAAAGAAUGGUGAGUGGGUAGAUCCACCCUUCGCUUUACUAAUAAUAUUUUUGUUAUAUUAAAUGAAGGUGGGAUACAAGUAAACACAUUGCGGAAACAAUGGCAAGGGGUUACGAAGCAAGUCAGAAAAAUCCUUCCAGGUAAUCUAUUUUCAAGUGCUUAAUAUGACAAACUUAUUACACCAUCUUCAAUCCUCUGAAUGUAAUAAACAUUUUAAAAGACUUAUAAACAUUUAAGUUGACU